AUGGACUCAGGAGGCAACGGCUCCUUGGUUGGUGACGUGCACAGCAGCGGCGGUGACAUCGAUUCGCUGCUCACGAACGACGCAGAUGUGGCGAAACAGACUGCGCGCCGUCUCCACGAGCCGUACGAGCGGCAUCGUGCCCACGACCUGCGCGCGGAGUGCUAUCGACGCGGUAUCCGCCCCAUCAAGAAAGGGCCGAACGCUAAUGACAAUAAAGGGGGAUACAUUGACUUACUUCGCAGAAACGACGGCACCAUUCCUUCUGUUCAAGGACCCCCUUCCAGUAAUAGUAUCCACCAAAUAUCCAAACGAGGCGAUGAAGAGACCGAGAAUGAGAGCGUCAGCAAUGGCGGCGACAACAACGAAGCCCAGAUUAUUAGCAAUAUGACUAAUAAGAGGAAACUUCCCACCAUGACCAUGCAGACCCAAACAGAAACUACCUCCGCUGGGGAACUACAAGGAUUCUACGAAGGAGGUCAACCGAGUUUGGUGUCAGUGCUGCCGAUGCAGUACCCGUCAUCAAACAUGGGCAAGCCUACGACCUCUUCGGCCAAUAAUCCGACGACGGACUUGGAGAUUUUGAGCGGGAUCGCCAAUUCUUAUACUCAGAACACGUCAGGCGAUGGACAAUUAUGCGGCAAUUGUAGAACAGUUGUCACGGAUCAGUUGAUGGAGUCCAUUCGACUGGGCAAGACCAAGAUGAAGCUACAGGAGUGGCAGAAAAUGGCCGAACAACGCGAUCGAGAUACGCAUCACUUGAAGGAGGUGCUGGACAUUUUACAGGAUUUACGGAAAUCGUACCGAGAGGCGCAGAUGCAUGGGAUGAACCACGAGAUUCUGGUCGAGCUGCAGGAUGAUAUCGCGUUUUUUCGGAGUUUGAAAGAACAGAGCAAGGAACGGAUGCGACAGGCGAUGCAAGACGCUCGUGAGCGCUCCAACACUUCGAACGCCACGGCGUAA